UCAAGCAAGUAUUUUUAUAUUCCACAGAGUAUUAUCAGAUGAACAGUUCUGUACAGAUAAUGAUCGGACUCACGUUACAAAUGCUGGUUAACAAUCCAAUACAUUUAGUUUAAAUUGUUUCACAAAAGUAGUGCGCUAGUCUUUUACUAGUCCUGUAUUAGCAGACCAAUAUAGACUUCAUCAGCACAGGCAAAUGGCUGCUGCAAGAAAACGUACGCUAUCUGGAUUUGAAGAUUUGAUGGGAAAAGACGGGAAAACAAAGAUUUUCAAAGACAGCGGCGAGAAGAUACACAUUGCAGCUCUGAUCCUAGCUAGGGGAGGCAGUAAGGGGAUCCCCCGGAAGAAUAUAAAAGUUCUGGCCGGUGUCCCGCUCAUCGGAUGGGUUCUGAGAGCUGCCGUGGAUUCCAAACAGUUUGACAGUGUGUGGGUAUCAACUGAUCAUGAUGACAUUGAGAAGGUGGCCAAGGCAUGGGGAGCUCAGGUUCACCGCAGGAGCCCAGAGGUGUCCAAAGACUCUUCCAGCUCUCUCGACACUAUCCAGGAAUUUGCCCGAUUAAACCCAGAGGUGAAUGUGAUCUGUCACAUCCAGGCUACGUCUCCCUGCUUGCACCCCUUCCACCUGAAGGAGGCCCUGGAGUUGAUCACCAAUCAGGGCUUCACGUCUGUCUUCGCCGUGGCCCGACAACACCACUUCCGCUGGCAGGAGGUCAAGAAAGGAGGUAGUGUUGCCACCAAGCCACUGAACCUUGACCCGUCUACCAGGCCCCGGAGACAGGACUGGGAUGGAGAGCUGUGUGAGAACGGAUCUUUCUACAUUCAUACCAGAGCGACAAUAGAGGAAGGCCUGCAGGGGGGAAAGUGGGCUUACUAUGAGAUGCUGCCAGAGUACAGUGUGGAUAUUGAUGUGGAUAUCGAUUGGCCCGUGGCAGAACAGAGAGUACUGAGGUUUGGUUACUUUGGCCUGGACAAGCCUGAGGUGGUGCGUCUGCUGCUGUGUAACAUCUCAGGCUGUCUGACUGACGGCCGCGUCCUCAUCUCUGUCUCUGGAGAGGAGAUGAUCUCUGUCAACACCAGAGAUACCAUGGGUAUCCGCAUGCUGCAGAGAGAGGGGGUGGAGGUGAUCCUGAUCUCGUCCAGUGAGGACCUGACCAAGGCCUUGGCUGACAAGCUGUCCCAGAGGACGGGCUGCGAGGUUCGACAGCUGGGCAAGGACAUCCAUGGUGAGGCCAAAGCCAUGAUGGACGACAGGGAUCUGGACUGGAAGGAAGUAGCCUAUAUGGCCGCCUCAUCUAGCACAUCCAACCGCCCUCACAACCGCAGACCACGUGUAACCACGCCAGCCCAAGACCUCCACAUCCAGCUUCUUCACCUUCGGGAUCAUCUAAGAACAGCUGAUGAAACUGUAACGAUGCACCAGAUGUUGACUGUCUGAACCUGGCUGGGCUGAGUGCAGUACCCCGGGAUGCCCCAGUGGUAGCAAUCAAUGCUGCUAAAUACUCCUGCCACAAUGUUGCAGGCCUCGGGGCUGUG